AUGAACGCGCUUUGUGCACACAAACGUACAAGUACACAAACACACAAGUACACAGGAGCACAGGAGUACAGAAACACAAGCACAAGCACACAAGUACAAACAUACAAAUAUACCACCACAUCUACAACUACAGAGAUAUCUACACCUGCACUCUCCCCUGCCCCUACAUCUGCACCUAAGAAUAUAAUUCGAAAGAAUGCAGUCCAUCGGCCUAUUCACGUUCGCAUCUACAUUCUCAUUCGCAUUCGCAUUCACACUCGCAUUCGUAUUUACAAAUCAGAUACACAGAUAGACAGACAAACAGAUGGAUAA